AUGCAAGACGCUCAGAUCUCAAAUCAACAACACGGUGUCUUUGGCAUCCUCGAGCUCAUCCAAUGUAUCGGCAACAUUCUCCAUCCAUCCGACCUCUUUGCCUGCAUCCAAGAGCCAGAGUACGAGUGGAUAGAAGACUUGGAUAGACAAGAACAGGACGAGAUGAUAGCCUUGCGUUGGGAGCUCGCCAUGGAAGAUCUUUCCGUUUGUCCAUUUCCGACAAGAAAGGAGCCGUUUGGGAGGACACUGGCGCAACAGGAGUUGGACUGGUCGACAUCUAAGCAUUUUUGGACUUUUAUUCGCAACAACCGCCAACUGCAGAGUCUUUACCUCCACAAGAGCCUGGGGGAGUUCAUGGAGGAUGUGCCGUUGCCUUACCUCGUCGACACUCUGGCCUCGCUCAAGGAUCUUGCUCUGCUGGAAAACAACUAUGUCGCCAUCGAUCUCGAUCAUAUCUUUGGUCGACUUUUGGGAUUGGAACAAUACAGCACGGCAUUCUCGCCUUCAGGAAGCGGCGCCUCGAUCCAACCGUCACUACGGCUCCGGGAUGCGAAGUUCUUGGAUGUCUGUACCUACCGAGAGCUACUGUGGAUUCUGAACCAUGCACCCAACCUAGAGUCCUUGAGUUUUGGUGCCGUUUCGGUUCUGGGAACUGUCACUCCUACUGAGGCAGCCGUGAUCAUGGACAACACACUGAGUCGAGUGACAAGUCUACAACUGGGCGUGCGUACACAUAUGCUCGACGUUGCCUUGGACCAGGUGUUUGCAUUGAUGCCCAACCUUACCUCCUUCACCACCACCCAGCUCGUGCCCUCGAUCGCUCAAGCACUAUCGACCUUCUGCACGAAUCUGGAGACAGUACACGAGCCUUAUAAGGGAUCACUCUCCACAGGAUUAAGUCAAGCUCUGGACUGGCUCCUCAAGAACUGCCCUACUCUCACGAAAUUCGACGGGGUCCGACAUGUACUGUCUGGUUCGAUCUGGGAGGAGCCGUGGGUCUGCCAGGAGCUGACAUUUCUCCGCUGUCAAGUCAAGGGUGUCCAACGACUGUCGUCUCAGGAUCAGGAACGAUACAGUGUCAUCGUUUGCGGUUCGCUUUCCGAAGACGACGUCCGUUUGUUGCAGUUGCGUAGGACUUCAUUGCAGCAGCAAAAGAAGAUCUACAGGAAACUUGCGACCCUGACACAACUGCGCGUUCUCGAUCUUGGAUUAGAGUACCGACGACUAUACAGAGGGCUGCAGAUGUCGGAUGAGCAGUACUUGACUGUCGAUGGACUCUUCCCGGAUACGCUCGAGCUGACGCUGGAAUCAGGGCUUGGCAAAUUGGAGACGUUGAAGGCCUUGCAGGUGUUUGGGUUCGAGGGGGUGGACCAUAGGAUCGGCCUGACAGAGCUGGAAUGGAUGGCCAAAAAGUGGACGGGACUCGAGGAGAUGCGGGGGUUGCACAAGUUUUCGGCGAGGAUAGAGUAUAAGCGACGGAAAGAUGAGUUGAGAAAUCACUUUGAGGGGUUGCGACCGGAUGUGAAGCACCAGGGUGCUGACUACGGCUAUGACAAUGGUGCUGGUUGGCUUUGA